AUAUUUUAAUAGGUAUUAUUUGUUUUGUUGUGAUAAUAAAUUCAGUGUGUAUGAUUGUAGAAACCUUUACAUAAUUAUUAUGUAGCACCAGUUUAUAAAUGAAGUGCAAGUAAAGCUGCAACGACAUCUAUACAAAGGACGACUUGGCAUCCAAUUUGCGAAUGACUAAGUAUAAUGGAAGACGACAGGGAAAAUCCGUAUAAUGCACCUCAAGCGGUGCGGAAUAGAUAUACUCGAUCAUACAGUCGGGACGGAGGUGAAGGUUCAUCCCAAUUACCACAACGAAGACCGAGCAAUCAUGGUACAAGAGGCCAGCCGGUCAGAAGAGGUUUUGGGAACAUACCACAUGUCUCACCAGGAGAACCGAGACGUAGCAGGUCUCAGAGUUACGGAAACCAACAUGUUCGCGAUGACCAACGCCAACAAACACAUCAAAACUGGAGGGGAUCAUCGGAAGCUCUAAGAGGUUUUGGGAACAUACCACAUGUCUCACCAGGAGAACCGAGACGUGGCAGGUUUCCGAAUUCCGGACACCACCAAGUUCGCGAUGACCAGCGCCAACGACAACAUCAAAACUGGAGGGGAUCAUCGAAAGCUCCGAGAGGUUUUGGGAACAUGCCACAUGUCUUAACAGGAGAACUGAGUGGUGGUAGCUCCCAAAAUUCCGGUUACCACCAUUUUCACGAUGACCAAGGCCAACAAGCACAACACAGGAGAGGAUCAUCGUCAGCUCCAAGAGAUAGGCACGUGCGGAUGAGAAAGAAUCCCCUGGAAACAUUACAAGAAAUAACAAAUUCGGAUGACGUCCUUGCUGAGAUUAAUGACAAAAAAAAAUUUUUUGAAAACCUGUUUAAGACAUCUACACAAAUACAAAACAUUUUUGUUUUGGUUAUUGAAAUACUAUCAAAAGCUUCAGAAUCUUCUUUUAAUGACUUGAAACUGAAAAUGAUUUUGAUCGUUGGUAAUCCUUUAUUUAUAUCUCAAUUUCGAAACUAUCUAAUGGAUUUACCAUAUCAAGAUGAGAGCAAAAGCAGAAAUCAAUUAUAUUGGAAGAAUCCAAUUAAUUUUUGGAGGAAUUUAUUAAAGUUUUUGGAAUGUAUAAUAAAUUUAUCACCAUCCACGGCUGUAAGGUUUUAUCGACCACUAAUAAACUAUACUAUAAAGCAAAGCUUAGAAGAGUUAAUAAAGAUGCGGCGAUUUAGUUUACCAGAAGAAUAUUCAAAUCAAAUUACUCAAUUGCAAAAUAAAUUGACGGAGUGGGAAACAAAACAUCUGAUACAAACGCAAUCUAACACUCAUGAAGAAAACGAGCCGCCAGAAGACUUUCGUAUUAUUCCAAUUAUACCAAACCGUCAUCAUUUGAUGCGGCCGCCAUUUUUACGCCCGAAUAUCAUUAAUGGUGCAUACAAAGACGUUGAUCACUACUUGGAUAUACAAUUCCGUUUAAUGCUAGAAGACUGCUACGGGCCGCUUCGUAAAGGACUAAUACAGUACUUGGAAAAUUCCAGCAAAGGGAAAUAUGAUAAUAUACGGGUGUACAACAACGUGAAGUUUCUAUCACCUUAUGUAUCCAACAGCAAAAUUGGCUUAUUGGUAGAAAUAGACAAAUAUACCAAUAGAUAUUUUUUCAAAACUAAUUGGAAAAGCAGCAAGCGGCUAUUAUUUGGUUCUCUAUUAUUAUUGUCCAAAGAUGGUUUCAAGAAUUUCGCAGUAGCUACAGUUAUAGAUAGGGAUAUUAAUUACUUGAGUAAGGGACAGUUGCCGAUAGCUAUGGUCAAUAUAAAUGUACAACUGAAACCUGGAGAUACAUAUACUAUGAUCGAAAGCGACGUAUACUUUGAGCCCUAUCAUCACGUAUUGACCGUACUUCAAAAUCCCAAUUUCCCUGAGAAAUUGACUAUGCAGAAAUACAUCGUUAAAGUAGAAGCCUCAUUUCCUCCACCUCCAGUAUUUGUAAAUAAUGCAACAGCUUAUAAUGUAAACAUUAUAAAAACGAAUGAUAAUGACAAUGCUCAUAUAAAUUUAGGUGACAAUGAUUGCAUUAUUACUAAAAAGUUUUAUGUAUUACAUGACGACACAUGGCCUACUGCAAAAGAAUUGGGUUUAAACAUUAGUCAGUAUGAGGCAUAUAAAUUGGCUUUAACGCAUGAAAUUGCAGUUAUUCAGGGUCCGCCUGGCACUGGAAAAACGUUUCUAGGAGUAAAAAUAGCAGAAACACUACUGAAGAAUAGUACCAACCAAAUUCUUGUGAUCUGUUACACGAACCAUGCUCUUGACCAAUUUCUUGAGCAUAUAUUGAAAUUUACAACUUCGAUUGUUCGAAUCGGCGGUCAGUCCAGAAAUGAAGCUUUAUCAAAAUAUAACAUAAAUAAGUUACGAACUACCCGAACUCGACAUACUAAACAUGAAACAGUAUAUUAUGAACAGAAACGUACAUUUAACGUUAUUGUGUCUAAGUUAAAAAAACUACAUGAUACUAUACAAAAUUUGAAAAAUGGUAUUCUUGCAUAUGAUACUAUUAAAAUAUUAGAACCAGAUAGUACAAUUCUGAGUACAUAUUAUCAAAGCGACCCUUUACAAUCAUGGUUGUUUGAACAUAUAACUUACGUCAAGAACACGGAAGACAUAGAAGAGAGUGUUGAAAUUGUUAAUAAUGUUGACGACGAUAUAUAUCAAAGAACUGAACUAAACUUAGACGAUGAGGAUAUUUUUGCCGAUAAUGCUAAUCAAAAUAUAGAAAAUCUAAAUUUCACCUUAUCAUUUUCUUUGAUGAAAGCGCAGAAGAAUUUAAAAUACUGGAAGUCACAAAAAGAAAUAAAAGGAAAAUCACAGAAUUAUUAUGAGCAACUUGAAGACGAUAUUAUGAUGGCAAUGUCUUCAAUAGCGUUAUUUAAUGACAUGAAGAAAAGAGCUGUCGUUAAUAGAACUGUAAUAAAACUUAACGAAACUAAUGUGAAGCAGAUGCCGUCCGUAGAACGAUGGCGAACAUAUUUCUCAUGGAUAGAGAACAUAGCUGCACAGUUAAAUGAACAAGUGUCCACGUUACAAAUCGAAUACGAAACUGAGCGAAAGGUGUACGAAGAUGCAAGAAUGUAUUUCGAUCUCUUACAUAUGGUGAAUGCAAGAGUGAUCGGUAUUACAACUACAGGUGCAGCCCGAUUGCAAAAAAUGUUACAGGUCCUUGAAACACCCAUUGUAAUUGUCGAGGAGGCGGCGGAAGUGUUGGAACAGCACAUCGUUGCAUCGCUGAGUGGUGGCUGCCAGCAUCUCAUUCUAAUAGGUGACCACCAACAGUUGAGACCUUCAGCGGCAUACAUGAAACUUGCCAAACAUUAUGAUUUAGAAGUGUCCCUUUUUGAAAGAAUGAUUAGAAACAAUAUUCCCAACCGGCGUUUAGGCGUCCAACACCGCAUGAGACCAGAGAUCGCUUCACUCAUCGUUCCACACAUAUACCCCGACCUUAAGAAUCAUCCAUCGGUGAAUGAAUUUCUCCCCGUGCGUGGAAUGGCAAAAAAUUUAUUUUUUUUUACUCACGAUCAUAAGGAACAAGAAACGGACGACAGUAUGAGUCGUACAAACCACAAAGAAGCAGACUUGGCGCUCGGUCUCGCGAACUAUCUCAUGCAACAAGACUACAAACCUGAGGACGUAACGAUACUGGCCGCAUAUUCCGGCCAAAUGUUUUAUAUGAGAAAACAACGUUCAUCGUACCAUUUUCUAUCUCAAGUAAAAAUCACUGUUGUUGAUAAUUAUCAAGGAGAAGAGUCAAAAAUAAUUAUUCUAUCACUGGUGAGAAACAAUAUAGAUAACAAAAUUGGAUUUCUGUCCACUGAAAAUAGAGUGUGUGUAGCUUUAUCGAGAGCCAGAGAAGGAAUGUACAUAUUUGGUAACAUUGAUAUUUUGACCAACAAUUCCGAAUUGUGGCGUAAAAUUGGGACAACCUUAGAAAGCAAUGGAUCAUUGGGUUACGAACUGAAAUUAGUAUGUGACAACCAUCUGGGCAGAACCACUACCAUAUCAAAAGUCGAAGACUUUGAGAAAUCACCGGAAGGCGGUUGCCUCUUAAACUGUAGCUUCCGAUUGAAGUGCGGCCACGAGUGCCCCCGCAUCUGUCAUGCAUAUGAUCGGGCUCAUUUAGACACUAUCUGUAGUAAGAUGUGUGAAAGGAUAAUAUGUGAGCUUGAGCAUGCGUGUCCGCUUCCAUGUAAAGAUGAAUGCAAGAAGUGCAUAAUACCAGUAGAAAAGCGUCUACCCUGCGGACACGAUCAGGUGAUACCCUGCUGGCAGGAUCCAAAUGAAAGUGUUAAAUGUAAUACUAUAAAUCCAGUAAUUCUUCCUCACUGUGGGCAUAAGGUUCAGAAAUAUUGUCACAUUAAAAUCGAGCAAAUGAUUUGCCCAGUAAAAUGUGUAUACCGUAUAGAAAGCUGCGGACAUGUAUGCAAUCGUAAUUGUCAUGUCAAAGAUGAUCCAGAUCAUGAGAAGUAUCUCUGUGAAAAACCUUGCGCUAAAGCUAAGGCAGGAUGCUCAGCUUCACUAUUAGGAGAUCGGGGAAAUCAUCAAUGCUUAAAACAAUGUCAUGAAACCUGUGACGACUGUACAGUAGAGGUUAAAAAGAAGAGGUCGAAAUGUACGCAUACUGAUAAAGUGGCUUGCAGUGUCAACAUAGAUAAUAUUCCUUGCCGCAAGAAAUGCACACGAACACUGCCAUGCGGACACCAUUGCAAGAACAAAUGUUUCGAGGAAUGUGGCAAUUGUGAUGUUAUGGUAACAAAGAUCAUCCCUGAAUGUGGUCAUAAAAUAAAAAUAGAAUGCAGAAAAGAAGCCACUCGUAUCGAUUGUUUGGAAAAGUGCAAUCGUCAUCUGGGCUGCGGCCACGUUUGUCCCGGUCGCUGUAAUGCCGCAUGCGAUCCUACAAAGUGUACCGUCCUUGUGUCUCACAACUACAAGUCAUGGUGUGGCCAUACAUCGCAGCUUCCUUGCAAUGUAUUGAAGAAGUUUAUUGAUAAUGGUGCUCGUAACUCUGAGCUGCUAAUGGUUUAUUGCACAGUCCCGUGCGAAGAGAUGCUGGAAUGUGAACAUAUCUGUAGCGGUACAUGCUCACAGUGCUACCAAGGCCGCGUGCACAGAUCUUGCCAUCAAACCUGCGAACGGCAGAACAUAUGCGGACACAGAUGCGCCGAGCCAUGUAACAAAUUGUGUCCGCCAUGUAAAAUGAAAUGUGAUAUAAAAUGUCCACAUUCAAAGUGCAGUAAGCCCUGUGGUGCACCAUGCACUCCGUGUCAGGAAAAUUGCACGCGCUCGUGCUUUCAUAGCGCUUGUAGCAAUCGCUGCGGCGAGAAGUGCAACCGCGCUCCGUGCGAAGAGAAGUGUCCACUGCAACUGCCCUGCGGCCAUCGCUGCCGCGGACUGUGCGGCGAGCGCUGUCCCGACAUCUGCGCCUACUGCAGCCCAGACACUUUCCCCACAGACUUCCUCGGCGACGAAUACGACGAAGAUGCCAAAUUUAUACAACUUGAGGACUGUGCUCACGUAAUCGAAGUAGAAGAUAUGGAUAACCUCAUGAUGGGAGACAGUGAUACAAUCGAUAUACGUACUUGCCCCUUCUGUCGGAAACCGAUCAUUAAUACACAGAGAUACAAAGAUCUCAUCAGACAUAUGAUUGUUACUGACAUAAAUCCCAUUAAGAACCAAGUAUUUGGCAGUACAAAAGACAUUGACAAAAAACGAACUGAAAUUUUAGGCCUAAUCGAUCAGUUGAGGCUCAAAUACCAGUCAUUAUUAAGUGACAAUGAAGAUUAUCAAACAGCUUUUAAAGCAGGCAAAUUAAUUUCAAAAACCGCGUCGCUGUUGGAUUUCAAUAUGACAUCUAUAUACUUUGAGAUACUAGAUAUAAUGGGCGAAUACUACAUGAGAUAUAAAACUAAUAAUUUAAGCGAAUUUAAAGAGGAAGUCCUCGGUCUAAUAAAAUUGUUAUGUAAUAUCAUGAGCAGCAACCGUUACAAAAUAAGUCGGCAACAACAAAACGACAUCGGAAAUGAAUUAAAUCGCUUAAAUUCGUUAAUAGGGCUUGCUCAAAUUACUCAUCACAGUAAUUAUUUGACUUUAAAAAAACAUCCUCGUGUAAUACAGGCCCUCGAGCUAGCAAAAAACUCCAUUAUAACUCGACGCGUAUUUAACUAUACCACUGCGCAAAAAGCUGUUAAAGAACUACAACAAAUAUUAAAAUCUGAUAUAAUUACAGCAGAAGAACGAGGUAUGGUAAUAAAAGCUAUGAAUAUGAAAGCUGGCCAUUGGUACAAGUGUCCAAAUGGUCAUUACUACUGCAUUGGCGAGUGUGGAGGUGCUAUGCAACUAGGAAAUUGUAUCGAAUGCGGAGAGCAGAUUGGUGGGCAGUCCCAUAGACUGUUGUCAAGCAAUAAACAUGCCGGAGAAAUAGAUGGCUCUAAAUUUGCUGCCUGGUCGGAACAAUAUAAUGACAUGAGAAAUUUUCAAUAUAAUUAAAGUAAUUAUUUUAAUAUAAUAUAUAAUAAGACAAUUUAAAAAAACUAUAUUAUUUUAAUAUCCAGGUUUAUUUAUUAUUUAUUAAUAUCAGUAGGAAGUAAUAUUGAUACCUACUUCAUUGGCAUCACAUAGGUUAGGUUAGGGAUAUGAUUAUAUUAAAGAUAUUUUGUGUAUGUACCAAGUUCUCUCUAAAGGAAUUAUAAUUAUACCUACAACUAACAUUUGGUUUAAGAUUUUCCCUGCAUCGAGAAGAAACGAAACCUAAAUUGAAUCUAUACAUACAAUUCCUUAGGAGUAUGCAAACCUUCAAAAAUGUCAAUGUUCUGUAUAAUAAAUUAUGCCACGAGGGUAAAAAAUGUUUUUUUAUAGUGGGUAUCCAGUAUAAAUAGCAUUUUCAUUCCUGAUUAACAGAAGUA